UAAAGAGUCAUGAAGACAUGUAUUAAGAUUUAGAUGUCUCAGAAAACCCGAUGAGAAAAACUAGAAAGUGUGUUUUUAAGGAGAAAAUUCGAACGGAAAGUGAUCUUAAAACGGAAGCAUGAUAAUAAAAAAAUUAACGAGUAAACAAACGUGCAAACAGAAAGUCUCACAUAGAUAAAACAUUCUCUUUAAACUAAUCUGAAUCUGAAGUUUUUGACGAUCAAACUGAUAUCUAGGAUUUGUUUAUUUGUGACGGUUUCUGUAGUUACAAUGAGAGAGAGCAUUCAUUGGAAAUGAUGGCAUUGACAAGCUGUACAUCCGUGAGGACAGAUGAUGUGGAUGUGUCGUGGUAUGCGUCCAUAGUUCAUAACUGUAUUCAGGAGGACAAGUUGAAUAAACUGAAAGCAACUCUUCGGAAAUUCAACAAAGACCAACGCAGACGGAUCGUUGCCCAUAAGAUCAUCGGCAAUGCUCCCCUGUUCACAGCUUGUCUGAAGGGACUGGUACACAUUGUGAAUUAUCUGUUAGAGGAGUGCUAUGCUGAUAUUGAACAGCGGGGGAUUUAUGAAGUGGAGCAAGACCAUUCUCGCCAUGUUGUCACUCCACUCUGGUGCGCAGCAGUAGCAAACCAUAUAGAGGUUGUGAAGACAUUAGUGCAACAUGGUGCUGAAAUCAACAGUCCUUCUGAUACUCAGUCCACCCCUGUUAGGUCAGCCUGCUACAUGACCAACAUUUCUAUCGUUAAAUUCCUUGUGGAUCACGGUGCGGACCUUCAUAAACCAAACGUCAACGGUGGAACCUGCUUGAUAAACUCAGUUCAAGACCCCUUUCUUUGUGAGUACUUGAUCAAGAAAGGGGCCAAUGUGAAUGCUCGUGAUAAUUCUGGAAACCUGGCUCUUCAUUAUGCCAUUAGGGAAGACCAACUGGAGACUGUUAAACUUCUCCUGAGAUAUGAUUCGGACUAUAAAGCUAAGAAUGUGUUUGGAGAUGAUGCUCUGCAGACUGCUGCAUUAAGGGGAUACACCAGUAUUGUGAGAUACAUUCUGGAUAAUACGGAACAGACACCCACGGAUGCUAUACACUCCCUGGAACUUCUAGGAGCAAAUCUGGUGGAUGAAAUUCACGAAAUCUCAGGAGCCAUCGAGAUAUGGAAAAAAGCCAUGACUCUGAGAUAUCUAGAUCCACAGAACAUUAUUACCAAGGAUAUUCCCCAAAAUACCAUCUAUGCUUACCAACAUGCUAAAGAACCUCAAACUCUGGAGGAACUGGACAAACUUUCAGAGGCAGACGACGUGUACAUGCAGGCCUUGUUGAUCAGGGAACGCGUUCUAGGUCCAAACCAUAAGGAUACAACAUUUGGAUUAAUGUAUCGUGGAGCUGUGUAUGCAGACAGCCAUCGGUACCAGCGGUGUGUAGAUCUGUGGAUGUAUGCCUACAAGUUGAGGCACAGUAAAGGUGAUCCCUUGAAACAGGAGUGCCUGUUUACUGUGCAAGCCUUAGUCAAACUUUUCUGGGAAAUGCAAGUAGAAUUGGAGUCCAAUGCUACUGACGAAAGGGUUAGGUUAUGUGAUGCCUUGGAUGUCUUUGCCAAACUCACGGAGCAGAUCAUCGAUGGACAGCUUGUCAUCCAGAAAGGGGACCAGUUUACGGUGGAGAAUAACCUGGUGGAGGAUUUUCAGCUCCUGCUUCAACUGUCUCUCCACAUGAUCCACCUCAUCUCCCAGCUUCCACAGUCCGACGAGGAAAGCUUCAACUUCAAGAGAAUCGUCCACCAGCUUGUGUCUGCCAACCCAAGGGGCCAAGAAGGGGAGAGUCUGCUUCAUCUGUCAGUAGAUCCAAAAAUUUCUCUCACAAGUGAGGAGUUUUUCUCACCAUUUCCUUCUUUGGCUGUGGUGCAAAUUCUGAUAGAUUGUGGGGCAGAUAUAAAUGCCGUGGACCACAAACGGAACACAGCUCUGCAUAACAGCAUAAAGUUCCUUACAUACUCAGAACUUCAGAAUGAGGGGAUCCUCGCCUGUCUCCUGGGACAUGGGGCUCACGUGGAUGUGUACAAUGGCGAUGGACAGAGUGCGUUAACGCUGAUACAGACAGCGGGGCUUCCUGUGUUCCCAUUACAGUACAGAAGUCUCCAAUGCCUAGCCUCAGAAGUCAUCAUGAAGAAUAACAUCCCAUUCCAGAAUGAAGUUCCAGCCUCUCUGAUUCCGUUUAUAAAAAUGCAUGGUCACACUGUGGGUAUGGACCAAUAAUUUCUACUAGUUUUCAGGGUUACAUUACUUGGACAAAGAAAAAAUAUUUAACAACAUUGAGUUACAUGUACUAGACAUUCUUUACAGUGAACAAAAUGUUUAUUUUGAUUAUAAAGUGCAAUGUGAAGCUCUUUACACUUGGAAUUUUACACAAAGCUUUUACAAGAUUUGGUGUGUGGCUUGUACUAAUAAAUAUGCACAUAUCAAUUUGACAAGAGUCAAUACCCAAGAGUCAUCAUAAAUCACUAAUGCACAAUACAUUGCAUUAAUUUGCACGCAAAGCAAUGAAGCAGGGAUUCUUCUACUUUUAUUCAUGCACAGGGAAUUAUUACACAGCAAAACCUAGACAUUACAUGGCGUUGAGACAUUACAUUCAGCAAGUUUUGCCAGACUUGUUCUCUAGCUGUACUGUAGGUUAGUAGUAGGUGUUAUUUUCAUGUUGUUGUGAAAAUGAGUUUUUUUAUGUUUUUAUUUUCUUUUGUUAUUUAUUCUUAUGAAAAUCUGUGAUCUAUGCAGCAAGCUUAGCUUCCCAAUGGAUUUAUAUAAAAUUUUUUUUAACUUAACGCCAUCAUUAAUUUAAUUGCCAAGCGGGGUAAGACAGACAGAUGGAAUUGCAAUCAUUGUGCUUGAUUAAAGCACCGAUUACCGGUACCUUCUUUUGAGACAUUGGUCAAAAUCUCCAUUUUAAGGCAUUCAACAAUCUUUUCACUUAAUGAUUGCAUAUACGUGUAUGCAUAAACAUUCAAAAACUUUGUAAAUGAUUUGUGUACCAGUUUGGCAUUGCUUACUAGGUUUAUUUUUGCAUUAUAUGUAUGUGUAUCAACCAUUCCCCCUCUUUGUAUCAAAACCAUUGCUUGAUAUAUUUGAAAAAAAAAAAAGGUCAUGCUAUCUUGUGAUUAUCAGUUACUAUGAUAUUGCUCCGAGUAUAUGGAUAAACUGUACUAUAUAUGAAUGAAAUUCUAAAAUUUGUAAAUUUUUGAAACCUAGUAAUACAAGAAGCAUUUUCCCAAUCAUGAAGCAUUUUCCCAGUUGUGAAGCAUUUUCCCAUUUGUGAAGCAUAUUCCUAAUUGUGCCCAUGCUUAUUUAUUUACUCUUAUAUGCACUGUCAUUAAUGGUGCAUUUUUAUCAGAUUUAGCAGGGCUUGAAUUCAUUGCAUGCGGAUUACCAAUU